UACGCGUAAAUGACCCGAAAGCUCCAUUGACUUGUGACUGACAACCCAAUUAGAUCUUGUAAAUGCUCAAAUCUUCUUCAUCAAAUUCAUAUUUCUUCUACUUCUAUGUAAAGCUUUGUGGAAAACAUGUCCAAAAGUCUCCAUUAUUGUCAUAUCAUAUCCUCAACAAUUCAAUCAACACCACACUUUGUGGAAGAAAGUCUUCAGAGAAAAAAAAAAAACAAAAAUCAGACCCCACCUUCUAAAUUUUCUCUUCUGAAAUUUCCACAUGCUUACUUGCUGAGUUUCACACUCACACCAUUCAAGUUAUAAGGUAUGGUUCUCUAUCCCCUGUUUCCCCUGUUUUUUUUUUUUUUUUCUGUUUUUGUAAAAAAUGAAGGAUCCCAAUAUAGAGGUAUCACAAAACAAGGAUGGGAUUUGUGUUUUUCAAUGUAAAGCAUUUCUCAAUCCCACUAGAAGUUGUAUCGGCGAUUGCUUCAAACUGUGUCCUAAUAUUUGUAAAACCCUUCUUGUCGGAAAUCCUUUUCCUCCUUUUUUCACAUCACCCCCGUCACCACCACUACCACCGCCAUCAGAAUUGCCGAUUUUUCCUCAGCCGAGUACUGAAUCUCAAAACAUAAACCAAAAGCAUUUGCUCAUAACUAGUAUAAUGAUUCUGGGUGGUUUGAUUUCUGCUGCACUUCUCGUUUGUAUUUUAUGUGUAAUUUUAAGAGUUGCGCGACGAAAUUCAAGAAGAUCAAGAAACGCGCCUCUGUUUUUUGGUACUCAAGAAGACUUUCUUGAUGAUUAUCAAGACGCAGAAACCGAUAAUCCUAUAUGGUACAUCAACACAAUCGGUCUACAACAAUCAAUUAUAGAUUCAAUUGCAGUUUUCAAGUACAAAAAAGAUGAAGGAUUAAUAGACGGAACAGAUUGCUCUGUUUGCUUAAAUGAAUUUGAAGAAGAUGAAAAUCUCAGGCUUUUGCCUAAGUGUAGUCAUGCUUUUCACAUUUCUUGCAUUGAUACUUGGUUAAGAUCACACAAGAACUGCCCUUUAUGUCGCGCCCCUAUAGUCUGCGAUAACUUUAAUGUUCAAAUUGAUUUAUCAAUGCCUACAAGUACUGAUUUUGGUAUAAGAGGAGAAACCCAUUUAGAUAAUAUUGAGAAUAACCAAGUAGAAGAAGAAGAGGGGACUAGUGAAGUGAGAAGUGGAGGAGAUGAUAUGAAUUGUGCAUUGCCAAUAGAAGAUGAAGCAAAUAAUUCUGCUUUGAACAGCAAUUGCAGUAGAGUACAAAGUGAUCUAGUUGAAGGUAGACAAACAGUUGAAGUAGAAAUGCAACCUACAAGGAGGUCUAUGUCAAUGGAUGAUUCUUCUGCUGUAGAAAUUUACAAGGAGGUAGACAAGUAUUUGAAAUCCAAGAAUGUUAUUUCAAAAAAUGGAAGUAAUGGAAGUUUAAGGUUUGGAAGAAUGAUGAAGAGUUUUUCAAUAGGGGAUGCAUUGCAAAAAAGACCCAUUUCAAUGAAAAGGUCAUUUUCUUCUAGUGGGAAGUCUUCUUCGUCUAGACAUAGCAGGAGCCAUGAAUCUGUUCUUCCCUUAUGAGCUCAUUUUCCUGGUUAGUCAAAUGCAGAACCAAUAAUUGGAAGGAUUUUGAAGGAUCAUAUAAUUUGCAUGCAUGUUUUUGUUAUUGCACCAAGUACAUAAUAUAAUCAAGAACAAUAUGAGUCUUGCUGGUAUCUUUUCAAAAGUGGGAAUUAUGGGUUUUGUUAUACAAUACCAGUUCUUCAAGAAUAAGAAGAAACAUAUUAGCUUAAGAUACUAUAUUUUUGUUGAUGGGUGUUGGAUUUAGUAGUUAUUGUAGUUAGACUCAAGUGAAGAAUGCAUUGUAAGUUCAAAAAGAAAAAAAGAAAAAAUUCUAAAACUAGACUUUGGCUUCAUAUUGUUCAUUCAUAAUGUCUCAUCUUUUGGUUUGUGAUUGGGCUUAUAUAAUUAUGAUUAUGGUUUGGCUGUAUAAGAUUUGAUUGUUUAUCACA